AUGGUGUCACACUUGGACCAGAGUCUCCUACAGGACAUUAAUGCAGUAGCAGAGGCUCUCAGCAGCAGUGAGAGCAGGAAGGUCUUGUAUCUCUGUGGGAGCCUGGAAGCAGACUGCAGCGACGAGUUUGUAAAGCAGAUUUUGAAAUCUAAAGUGGAGGACCAUGCAGAUGCUUCUUUGUUUUUAAAAGCUCUCAUUCUACAUCUGGAGCGUUAUGACAUCCUGAAGAAGGUGUAUAAAGUUGGAAGGAGUGAUAUAGAACAGCAGACUCUAACCAGUGCAAACGUUUUCCCAUCUUUCAGAGUACUGAUGGUUAAAAUAGGUGAGGAUCUGUCCAGGAAAGAUGUGGAGGAAAUUAAAUUCCUACUGAGCAACAUUAUACCUCGUGAGAAAAUGGAACGCUCUAAGACGUUUUUGGACGUGAUCACCGAACUUGAGAAGCUGGACUCGGUUUCACCUGAAAGACUGGACGAGGUAGAAAAAUGUUUCCUCGCCAUUGGCAGGGUUGAUCUGGUCAAAAAAUUGAAUGCUUACAAGAUAUCAGUCGAGACUUCUGCUGAGCUUUUGCCUCAACAGCAAAAUUGUCGAGAUGCUGCACUUAAACAAAGACAACCUCAGCAGCAUGUUGCCAAAGUCGUCAUGUCAUCGCCUGUACGCAGUGGGCCAAGCAGAGGGAGUCCAAUAGAACAGUACGACUUGAACACUAACCCCAGAGGAGUGUGUGUAAUUAUAGACUGUGUGGGCCAUGACGGAGGACUGUUGGAGCAGACGUUCAAGGCUCUUCACUUCAAAGUUCUCCUCCUCCAGUGGCUGAGUGCUGAUGACAUGCUUCUAUCUCUCAGAGAGAUAGCUGAACAAAGAGACCACUACAGAUAUGAUGCUUUUGUCUGCUGCAUCAUUAGCCGUGGUUCACAGAACCACCUCUUUGGGACGGACUUGUAUUACACCAGUUUAUCCAUAGACACUAUCAGAGGUCUUUUCACUGCUGAUUCCUGUGCCAUGCUGGCUGGUAAGCCAAAGCUCUUCUUCAUCCAGAGGUACAAUGUUGCAGAGUUAGGUCCAUCUGCGAGAGCGGACUGCUGGGAUGAGGACCUCGAGGUAGACGGUUGUGACGGACAGCUAACAACUGAUAAAAUCCCCACAGAAGCAGACAUAUUCUGGAGUCACUGCUGGACACAUGAACGUCAGCUAAACCAAGCGCAACACCACUCCAUUUAUCUGAAGGCCCUGGCGGACGCCUUGCACAAAUCCCAAAGGAGGAAAACUAGUCUCGUUGAUGUUCACACGGAGAUGAACGGGGCCAUCUUUGAGCAUAACAAAAGAAAUCCUGGAGCAGCUUACCACAUUGAUGUGAAACACACUUUAAGGAAAAAUCUUUUCCUAGAAUAGAGAAGUUACAGUAACGUCAUUAUGCCUAUAACCCCAUUACACUCACUUAAGUCCAAACCUUUGCCAAAGAAGAACAUGUUUUAUGUAACUACACUGACCCCUGCUGGUUAUUUUAU